UUUCUCCAAAAUUUUAACCCCCUCCCCCGCUGAGCCCAAGGUGCUGACGUCGCAAAAAAAUUGGAUAAAAACCUCGAUCAUGGGUUCGGGUCCCAUGGACCCCAAAGAGCUUCUCAAGGGCCUGGAUAGCUUCCUUAACCGAGAUGGGGAAGUCAAGAGUGUGGAUGGGAUUUCGAAGAUCUUCAGUCUGAUAAAGGAAGCACGAAAGAGAGUGAGUCGAUGCAUUUACUUGAACAUUCUCCUGCAGACCCGUUCACCAGAAAUAUUGGUCAAGUUUAUUGAUGUUGGUGGUUACAAGCUUAUUAACAAUUGGCUGACAUAUUCAAAGACAAUCAACAACAUUUCCCUCUUGCAGCAAAUUCUACUGACCCUGCAGCACCUACCACUCACUGUUGACCAUCUCACAGAGCUCCGGAAAUUCGCCUCAGUCCUUGUCAGCGACUGGAUGGCUGUGAUCCGCUCCCAGAGCAGUACCCAGCCUGCUGAGAAAGAUAAGAAAAGGAAAGAAGAGGGAAAGAGUCGAACCACCCCUCCUGAGCGACCGUUGACUGAGGUGAAGACUGAGACUUGGGCUAAGGAGGCCCCGGAGAAGAAGAGGGAGAAGCCCAAGUCCCUCCGAACCACGGCGCCCAGUCACGCCAAGUUCUGCUCUACCCGACUAGAGCUGGAGACCCCGUCUUUGGUGCCUGUGAAGAAGAAUGCCUGUGCAGUGGUGGUUUCUGACAAGUACAACCUUAAACCCAUCCCCCUCAAGCGUCAGAGUUCCACAGCUUCCCCAGGAUAUGCUGCACUCCCUGCAGAGAAGAAAUACAAGCCACUCAACACGACACCCAAUGCCACCAAAGAGAUCAAAGUGAAGAUGAUCCCGCCACAGCCUAUGGAGGGCCUGGGCUUUCUGGAUGCGCUCAAUUCAGCCCCUGUUCCAGGCAUCAAAAGUAAGAAGAAGAAGAAGAAGAAGGUGCUAUCACCCACAGUUGCCACGCCAAGCCCAUUUGAAGGGAAAACGAGCACAGAACCGAGCACAGCCAAACCACCUUCCCCAGAGCCAGCACCUCCUUCUGAGGCUAUGGACACAGAACGUCCAGGGACCCCAGUUCCCCUUGAGGUCCCAGAGCUCAUGGAUACUGCCCCUUUGGAGCCAGGAGCUCUGGAUGCAAAGCCAGUGGAGCGUCCCGGAGAUCCUAGCCAGCUGACCCGGAAAGGCAGGAAGAGGAAAACCGUGACCUGGCCUGAGGAGGGCAAACUGAGAGAGUAUUUCUAUUUUGAACUGGAUGAAACUGAACAAGUGAAUGCGAAUAAGAUCAAGGACUUCGGCCAGGCAGCUAAGCGAGAGAUACCGUCAGACCGACACGCGUUUGAGACGGCCCGGCGUCUGAGCCACGACAACACGGAGGAGAAGGUGCCCUGGGUGUGCCCCCGGCCCCUGGUGCUGCCCUCGCCUCCUGUCACCCCUGGAAGCAACAGCCAGGAGCGGUACAUCCAGGCUGAGCGGGAGAAGGGGAUCCUUCAGGAGCUCUUCCUGAACCAGGAAAGUCCUCACGAGCCUGACCCUGAGCCCUAUGAGCCUAUCCCCCCAAAACUCAUCCCCCUAGAUGAGGAAUGUUCCACGGAUGAGACCCCGUAUGUUGAGACCCUGGAGCCUGGGGGGACCGGUGGCUCACCCGAUGGGUCAGGCAGUUCCAAGUUGCCUCCUGUUCUGGCCAAUCUUAUGGGAAGCAUGGGUGCCGGGAAGAGCCCCCAGGGUCCUGGAGGAGGAGACAUCGAUGUGCAGGAGAUCCUCACCUCCAUCCUGGGUAGCCCUAACAUCCAUCCCUCAGAGGAACUGCUGAAGCAACCAGACUAUUCAGACAAGACCAAGCAGAUGCUGGUGCCUCAUGGACUCUUAGGCCCUGGUCCCAUAGCCAAUGGUUUCCCACCGGGAGGCCCUGGGGGUCCCAAGGGCAUGCAGCACUGCCCCCCUGGGCCUGGCGGACCUAUGCCAGGUCCCCAUGGAGGCCCUGGGGGCCCUGGUGUGCCAGUGGGUCCACGUCUCCUGGGUCCCCCACCCCCUCCCCGGGUUGAUCCCUUCUGGGAUGGCCCAGGUGACCCCCUGCGGGGUGGCCCGAUGCGUGGGGGACCAGGUCCGGGGCCAUACCAUAGAGGCUGUGGUGGCCGAGGCGGGAGUGAACCACCUUCUCCUCCUCCUCCAUUCCGAGGGGCCAGAGGAGGUCGCUCUGGAAGAGGACCUCCAAAUGGACAAGGGGGCCGCGGUGGGGGCAUGGUCAGAGGUGGUGGGCAUCAUCCCCAUGAAGGCCCUGGUGGGGGCAUGAGCAGUGGCAGUGGACAUCGCCCCCAUGAAGGCCCUGGCGGCGGCAUGGGUGGUGGCAGUGGCCAUCGUCCUCAUGAAGGCCCUGGUGGAGGAAUGGGUGCUGGUGGUGGACAUUGGCCGCAUGAAGGCCCUGGACAUGGGGGGCCCCAUGGCCACCGGCCUCAUGAUGGCCCUGGUCACCGAGGCCACAACCAUCAAGGGCCACCCCCUCAUGAGCACCGUGGCCAUGAUGGCCCUGGCCAUGGCGGAGGGGGCCCUCGACGGCAUGAUGGAGGCCACAGCCAUGGAGGAGACACGUCAAAUCGCCCUGUUUGUCGACAUUUCAUGAUGAAGGGUAACUGCCGCUAUGAGAACAACUGUGCCUUCUACCACCCGGGUGUCAAUGGGCACCCCCUGCCCUAGGGACCACCUGCCCACCCCGCCCACACCCCUGUGGACUGCAGCCUUGCUCCUUCCACCCUUUUAUGGCUUCUGUGAGGCCCAUUUUCCCCUUUCCCCAGCUACUGAGGCGCCGGCCCCCUCAGUGCCCACCUGCCUGGGUUCCUGGGGGUUUUCUGACACCUGGUGCGCAUUGAUGUACAUAUUUUCCUCCAAUCUGGGGUGGAGAGAGACUGGACACAUUCCGUC